AUGUUAUCGUAUGCCGACGGCUUAUCAGUGGCUAUCAACGGAAGGAUGGGCGGAGAGUCGGUAACCAUGGCAACGAUGGGAAAAAGGCGGCAAUUUGAAAUGUGAAGAGCUUGUGGGAGGUGUAAAGCACGAAAUAGGCUCAAUGCCUGGAGGAAAUUAAAGCAUAGGAAGAGUGGGUGCCUCGAGAGGCCGCUGCUGGCUGCCCCGGACGACCAACUUGCAUCGAUAAGAAGACACGGACGAGCGAAAGGGACAAACACACGCUCACCGCACUCAAUUUUCGCGCACUCAUUCAAUUUUCCCAACUAUUUUCCUUGCUCUUCCGCUAAUUUUCAUCGCCACCCGCCGCGGCUACUUUUUCCUUGCAUUCACUUCAAAGAUUAUCUUCCUUAACCUUAUUGAAUAUCGACCGGAAAUCGGCAUUGAUUCUCGAGUUAAUGAUGGUCAAGGUUGCUCCACCGAGACGCGAGUCGUCGGCACGCGCCGCGUCCGACGAUCCUGGAGUUGCGUUUUUGGAAAAUUUCAAAUUUUUGCGUUUCUUCUCAAUUUUCAUAAGGUUCGUGCUCACUAUUUCGUUGUAGUUUGUUGAUUACAGGGUAGAGGGAUUCCUAAUAGCUAGAAAGAAUUUUAUUUUGACUUGAAAAAAAGCGUUUUAUUUUUAAACGAUCUUUUGCAUUUUCAUCCGUUUUUUCUUUAUAAAUUCAUGUUCCAAUGAAAUGAAAUAAUAUUUUUUUCAUGGAUUUAAAGUCAGAUACGGAAAGUAAAAGCGUUGAAAAAAACCGAUUGAAUUUGAAAAAUUGAAUCAAGAGAAAAGAAAUUAAUUUUUUUCUUUCUUUUGAAUGUUAAUAUUUUGUUUUUUGUUUUUUUUAAUUUUUUUCAUGACUUUGAGUUGUCUGAUGAUGUUAGUAUUGCCAUUAAACAAAUAAAAAAAGUAGGAUAUUGAGUUUAAAAAAAUUGUUUUUCUUCUAUGUUUUUUUCUUUUUAGCUUUCAAUUUUUUUCGAUUUUUUUCAUAUUUUUCCCUUUGAAUCCUUUUAAAAGUUAUUUUUGUAUUUUUUUCCUGUGAUCCUCUCGCUCUUUAUAUGUGCUUUUUAAAGUUAUUGCUUUGAAGAAUAAUAUUUUUAAAGAUGCCAUCCGUUUCCAAGACAAAAAGUGGCAAGUCGUUCCGCGCCCCGACGGAUCAGGUUGAUUUCCCAUCGACUUUUGAAAUCAAUGUAUAUUUUAGGCCAGAAAACUUGAAAGGAGGAAAGAAAAUAAGCGAAACAAACGCGAUCGGCAGCAAAUCCGGCACGCAAUCGCAAAAUAUUGCAAUGUGGAGGAAACCACGGCAAAAUUGCUGCUUUUGGAACGUCAGGGUUGGUUUUUAUCACUAUUAAAAAAUCAAAAAGAAGUGUAAAAGUCAUUUUGCAGUUCUCGGCCUCGACCCGCAGCCAUUCCACGUGGACGUUUUGAAAAAGAAGCAAAAGGUACGUUUCUGAAUGAUUUUAUUACUUUUUUGUGUUGGGAAAAUAUCGUUUUAUAGACGGGCAUCUUUAUGUAAGUAUAAGUAAAAAAAGAAAUGUCAAUUUUUUGGGUUUUUUUUAACUUUGUAGAUUUUCCUGUCUUUUUCAACUAUUUUUCCGAAGAAAAAUUUAUACAUUUGUUAAAAAAAUCUUCUCUGUAUAAAUUCAAGUUCUUCUAUGACUUGUACUUUAUUUUGGGGUUCCACCUUUUUUUGAAUUCUCUGGCGUUUUUGCUCAAGAUUUCACCUUUUUCUUCCAAGAUUUUCACUUACUUUUUUACAAAUUUCAUAAUUUUCUUGAAAAAUUUUCACUUUUACCUUGAAAUUUAACCAAUUUCUUUAAAUAUUUAUAAUUUUUUUGAAGUUUCACCGUUUUCUUCUAAGAUUUUCACUUACUUUUCGAAAAAAACUACAUCAUUUUUCUUGAGAGAUUUCCACUUUUUUUCCUUGAAAUUUAACCAAUUUUUUUGAUUAUUUAUAAUUUUUUUGAAGUUUCAUCAUUUUCUUCCAAGAUUUUUCACUCACUUUUUCGAAAAAAAUUACAUCAUUUUCUCGAAAGAUUUGUAAUUUUUUUCCUUUGAAUAUUCGUAUUUUUUUCUUGGAAAAGUUCAAUAAUCUUAAUUUUCAACGUUCAGGUCCUCAAUGACAUGCUCAACAAACGGCGGCAGGCCCUCCAGCAGGCCAAAGAAGAGGACGAAUUGAAGAGAUUUAAUGAAAAACUGCAAGUUUUUCACGCCGACUGCAGGAAAUUGCAGUUUCUAGCAGGUUAUUUUAGAAAAUUUGUGUUGAAAUCGAUGUUUCAGCUUCAAACGUAUUUUCUGAAAAACAAUCAAGCCUUUUUGAUUCAAAAAAAUUUUUCGAGCAAAUUUUAGGAAGCUUUAUAUUAAAAUUAUGUGUUGAGAAUAAAAUUUUGCACAAUUUUCAUGAAAAACAGCUUGAAAUUCGAUUUUUAUGACUUGAUUCCUGUUUCAGAACAAGCCAAAAUGGCCCGGGAAGCGGAUCCGGACUUUAUUCCCCUGCCGAGCGGAGAAAUGGGCCACGGCGAUCUGAGAACCGCCCAAUUGAUGGGCCCAACCGUUCCGCAGAUCAAGUGGGCCCUAGAGGGAUUUUUCAAAAUAAUAUAUCUCAUUUUUUGGGUGCAGUUUUGAGGAAAUCACAAUCUUUUUUUAAAAAAUGACCAGGGAUUUUGGCUGGCUAAGGGAUCACUUGAGGGUUUUUUUUUACUGGGAAAAUUUUUAGUGACCACUAUAGAGGCUCGCCAAGGACUACUUGGAGGGGACACUAAAGUGGCCACUAUUUUCCGUUUUAGUGGCCACUUUAGUAGUUUUUCAUCCAGUAUUCCAUCCCGUAACUCUGAUAAUUUCAAAACAAACAGAUUGGACCAGUUAUGUUGAUCCAUUGACCCCUAAAGUGGCCACUAAUUUGACUACUAUAGUGGCCACUAAAACGUCAAAACCCUAUAGUGGCCACUAAAAAUUUCCCCAGUAGUUUCUUAAAAAAGAGCUAUCCAGACUGAAAUUCCAUGAUUUUAAAACUCAAAUGCUCCGAAAAACAGUCAUAAAUUUCCAGAAAGAAGGUGGAUUUCAAGCUCCCCCGGGCGAAAUCCGGGCUGAAACCGCCCGGAGUGCCCUGCGGAAUCCCUCCAGACUUGAGCGACAGCGAAGAUGAGUACGGCGGCGGCUACGGACACGACGCCUACGGGUUCCAACAGCCCGAUGACGAUGAUUUGGCCCCGAUUCCAAGUAAAAUUAGCGAUUUUUUGAAAAACAUCUUGAAAAAAAUGCUUUCUUUAAAAAUUGCUUUAGACCGUAUAGCUAUUUUUUUUCGUUUCAGGAAACUUUUAUUCAUGAUUUUUUUGUCAUCGAAACUUUCAAAAAUCCUGACAUUUUUUUCAAGAUUUUUCUGGGCUUUUUUUUUAUUGAAAAAACUCUUUUUUUGUUCAAUAAUGAUUCAUUUUUUAUUGAGAUUUUAGUGAAUUUUCAUUUUGAAUGGUUUUUUCAAUGAGAUUUUUCAUAAUUUAGCUCAUUUUUUUGAAGAUUUUUUUGGUCUAAAAAAAUAUUGAAUUUUUUUUCGCCUUCUAAUAGUAUAUUUUUUUCAUUGAAAUUUUGACCUUUUCUCAUCAAAAAAUUGAAUUUUUCAGUCCCCGACUUCGAUUCCGGCCCCAGCGGCUACACAAACUACACGCCGAUGGUCCCGAUGCGAAAAGGUUGACCUAAAAAUUGAAAUCAGAGAAAAACCAAUUUUUUCCAGUUCCGCCGCCUCCGCCACAUGGAAUGCCCCACAUGGGAUACAAUCCCAUGGGCUUUUCUUCACAUAGUCAUCAUCAUAUUCCUGAUAGUUGGUUUUAUGUGAUAUUAACAAGUUUAAGGAGUUAAAAAAUACUCAUUUUCCAAGUAAAUUUGAAUUUUGGAAGGAAUUAAGUUCAAAAAAACUGAUUUUGAGUGGAAAAACUUGGCCUAGGAGGCUGGUUUUUUCGAUUUGUAGCCUUUUUGAGGCUUAGAUAUGAUGUAAAAUCUGAGAAAUCAGAAUUAUUUUCUUAAGACGCCGUCAUUUCCUCUGCGCCAAUCAUCCGCCGGGACGCCCCCAUCGAAAGUAGCGGCCCUUCAGUUCCAGCCGUCCUUUCUGCGGCUCCAGAACUUCGUGAUUUGAGAAAGGAGACUGUUAAGGUGAUUUUUUGGUAAAUAUGAUCUAUUUUAAGGUUCAGAAUCAAUAAAUUCGUACCCUUGAACUUCAAGAGUUAGAAGAAUUUUAAUUUUGAACUUUUAAUUUUUAAUAAUUUUCUUUUUGAGAAAGGAGACUGUUAAGGGGAUUUUUCGAAAAAUUUGACUGAUUUAAAGAUCACAAAAUUUUCGAGUUUUGAGCUCUUGAACUUUUAUAAUCUUUGUAUAAAUCGUGUGAGAAGUUCAAUUAAUGGGAUAAUAAACUUUCCGUCUUUUCUGCGGCUCUAAAAACUUUGAGAUUUGAGGAAGAAGACUGUUACGGAGAUUUUUUGAACUAUGUGACGGAUUUUCUGGUUCAGAAUCACAGAAUAUAUACCCUUGAAAUUCAAGAAUAAGAAAAACUUUGAAUUUUGAGCUCUUGAACUGUGAUAAUUUUUUUGUAAAUCGUAUGAGAAGUUUAGCUAAUGAAAUAAUGAACCUUCCGUACUUUCUGCGGCUCUAGAACUUUGAGAUUUUAACUUCAAAAAAAUGACAAAUAUUUCAAUUUUGAUCUCUUGAACUGUAUAAUUUUUGGUUGACCGAGGUGAUAAAUUGACAUAAUAAUGAACUGCCGCCCUUUCUGCGGCUCCAGAAUGAAGCAAUUUGAAAAAUAGACUGUUAGAGUGACUUUCUUGAUAAAAAUCCUGAAAAAUUCAAAUUUUAACCCUUGAACCAAUAAAAUUUGCUGCCGAAGUUAAAUUUGGUUUGUGGCGAUAUUUUGACGAUUUCGCAAAAGUGCUGGUUUCUAUCCGCGCCUGUUUCGCGUUUUUUUUUGGUGCGAUAUCGCGUUUUUCCAAACGAGAUUUUUGCCAGACGCGAUAUCGCGUUUUGCCAGACGCGACAUCGCAUUUUGAAAAUUUUCAAACUUUGUUCUGAGUGCGGGGCAAAUGCGAGACUCGCGCGACAUUUUUGCGAUUUUGCCGACUUACCGCCAGCGAUUUCGCUUUUUCAUCACGCCGGACAAGAUCGGAGUGAAACGAGAUCGCUAGUGGUUGGAGUUUUGUUCCUCGAUUUGUAGGAAACUUUUUUUUUUGAGAGGAUAACUUCAUAGAAUAAUGAAUUUUGCGGCUUCAGACCUAUGUGAUUUGAGAAAGAAGCUGUUAUAGUGGAACUCAGGAAAAAUCGAUUGAAAAUUUAAAAAAUCAUUAUUUUCAAUUGUAUUUUGUUUGUUACUGACAAAGGAGAUGACAUUUUUCCAAUAUAACGAUUUUCCAGCUUGUCCCGGCGGCCUUGCUCCGUAAAAAGCAGACGACGUCGUCCACAAUGAAGCCGGUACCCGUCAGAAGACCAGAAGCUCAUCAACAGGCCAAGAGUACCGACGACGCCUACAACGAAUUCAUGAAAGAACUUGAUGGCCUUAUUUGA